AUGGUCAGCUUCGAUGGGCCAGCUGGCGACUUUGGUUCCUUGAGCGCAUUCCUGGGAUCAAGAACAGCGACUGCAGUGAAUGCAGUGUCAAGAACAGUAUCAAGAACAGUAUCAAAUGCAAAUGGCCCCGGGAACGAACACACAAAGACAGCUCAAGGAGUUUCAGGCGCAAAGAUUGACAAAGACAACACCUUGCUGAACAAGAAAGUGGCAUUUCGAAUGUUGAAGCAGCUGGGUUGUGAAGUUCGGAGACUGGAGAGCGACGUUAGCUUUGUCGAGGUAAGCCUUGGCAAACAGCCGGUUUUGUUCAAAAUGUUGGUGGAACUGGGCCACGGGCCGUGUAGAAAUGAAGAUGGAGAUCUGGUGGUGCGAGUGAAGGAGCAGCGGCGAAAGGUAGAGGAGGUGGUUGCUCGGUUGGCCGCACUGUCAGCACCACGAAAAUUUGACGAAGAAAAAAACGACAAAGACGAAGGCUAUCCGAGCCUCGGCCAGAGUCGUCGCUUGAGACCCGAGGAUGAGGAGCAGUUGGUGAAACGCCUCUACGUCUGCAAGGACAAGGAUCCCAAGGACAGCAAGGACCGAGCCAAAGAGAACUCCAAAGACAACUCGAACAGCACAAACAGCACAAACACAAAACCACGGAGAAGUGCUGCAGAGCAACGUGCCUAUCUGGAUCGACUCUUGAAACCCAAGGAGUCAGAGAAUUCCGAGGAGUUCAUGGAGAUUGGAGGCAUCGGAAACAUUGGAGGCAUCGGAGGCAUCGGAGGAGCCGGUUUUCAACUUGCUUGGCCCAAGUUCUCCAGCCCUUGCGCUCACAAGAAGAAACGGGUCGAACGAGUCGAACGAGUUGAACGAGUUGAACGGGUGAAUUCUCCUUUGGUCCGUGCAGGGCAGUUGUUGCUCGACAGGCCCACGGAAGUCGUUGCGGAGGUUGACUCCGACACGGUGAUGGACGUGGACACCGUUCAGGAAUGCUUGGGGCCCAAAGGCGAUGGAACUUCCACUUGCUCCAGUGCGAGUCCUGCGAGUCCCGUGAGUUUUGGUGCCGGAGACUGUGAAUGCGGCCGAGUUCAGAGCUCGGAGAAGUUCGAGGACGAGAGCACGGACGAGUGGCUCGAUCGGCUUCUGGGGGCCGACGCCAAGCCGCCUCGGCGUUCUGCCAACGAGCAGCGGGAGAGGUUGCAGGAGUUGGCAAAGCCUCGACAGGUGAAGGACAAAGAGAAACAGAAAGGAGAACAGAUUGGCAAAGAAAGAGAACUCUGCCAGAGCCGAUCUCCACGCUCGCAGAGAGAGGCUUGCACCCGACUGUCCCAGCCGCGAAAGCCCAAAACUAAAGACGCCAAAGAAUCGAAAGAACGACAGGACACCAACGACACCGACUUCAAGGAGAACGACACCAACGAUAUCAAGGACGCUCAGGACAUAGACAUAGCUGGGGGAGUUGGCAACGAUGACUUCGCUGACUUCGCUGAUGGUGACUUGGACGACUUGGACGACUUGGACGACUUGGACGACUUGGACCCGGCCGUUGAUGACACGCAGGUGCAAAUCAUCCCUUCGAUGCUGGCGCAGUGUUCUCCACGUUUGGAACGAAUUGAUGAAGAGAACGCAGAGAACACAUGCCCCAUGCAGCAUGCAGACCAUGCACACCAUGGUUCAGAAACUGCGGCACGGCGUGUUCGCAUCCGACACAGAGCUGCUGCCCAGGCUGCUCCAUACUCUGUGCCAGUCUGCCCCAAGAGCGUUUCCAGCGUUUCCAAAGCUCAACGCAGGUGCCAGAAGAGGUCUCAAGCCAUGCAUGCCAUGCAAGCCCAGCAAGCCCCGCCCAUGGAGAAUGAGUUGACGCCACAAGAGAUUGGAAAACUGGCAAGUUUUCUAGAUGAAACUGCUCACAGUGAGGCCAUGCUGGAUGACAUCGAUGCCUUGUACAGCCAGCUGAUCACUGGAGAAGAUCUGGCUGCCUCCAGAGCAACUGGCCCAGAGGCAGAGACUGAAAUCCUUUCUCACGCUCCAUUCAGUUCCCAUGGGGCAGAAGCAAACGAUGCAAACGAAGCAAACGAUGAAGAGCUCUUGGAAACAGAAGUGAAAGUCUUCCUUUUUGCGUUUCUCGUUCUGCACCGGAAGUGUCUCCCCAAGGUGCAGAAGGUGGGUUCCUCGGAGCUUCCGGUGCUGGAAGAACUGCUGGAGGAAGUGCUGUGGAGCGCUCUGCUCCUGGCGCGAGCCGGCCAUGCGCAGCUCAGCGACCUGGAGGAAUUGCUGUCGCCUCAGCAUUCUCUGAGUGCACUGGCAGCCGUGGCAGCCGCGUGUCGCAUCUGUCCGUUGCCGUUGAGUCUGCGGCAGCGGUUGCACAACGAGCUGCCACAACUGCACAAGGCGCUCUUCUCGUCAGAGUCGACAGAGUUGAAGUCAGACUCCAAUGCAUUGCUUCCGGAUGUGCUUCCGGAUCCGAUUCCGUUGGUUGAAAUCCUCCCAGCCUUGCGAAAGGCCAGGGAUUCCUUGCUGACUUUCGCUUCUGACCUUCCGGCUGAUCAUCUUGAUCCUGACCUCCAAGAGCACCAGAAGGAGCGACCUUUGUCCGCAACGUCUGCAACCUUUGCAACCUUGCCUGGCGAUGCCACACCCUGUGCCAGUCAUGUCAAACGCAGACAGGACAAGGAGUUCAAUGCGAAGAUGUCGGAGAAGUCGCUGUUCCGAUGCCACUCGAUGACCAAACCCAUCACCGCCGUGGCCCUGAUGAGUCUCUGGGAGGAGGGGAAGCUCGCCUUGGACGACCCAGUUCACAAGUACAUCCCGGCUUUCAGAAACAUGAAGGCAGGAGAGAUGCAGCGAUGCAGAUGUAAAGAAACAUGUAAGGAGACUCAGGAGACAUGUAAAGAUUGA